UCGUGACGUCAGACGUUCCGUACGCUAUCAAAAUGACGGCGCACGUGCGGUAACUCCAUGCCUUGCAGCCGAACGCAUGACAAUGCGUGAAACCAAAGUUAAACAAAGCGCGACAUUUAUCUGUUCGUUUCCCGACUGUAAGGCGUCGUACAACAAAACAUGGAAGCUAGAAGCGCAUCUCUGCAAACAUACAGGGGAGAGGCCGUUUAAGUGCGAGUAUAACGGGUGUAGCAAAUCGUUCUGCACGAAAUACCAUCUUGCUCGUCACGCGCUGACACAUACCGGCGAUAGACCUUACAGAUGCACGGAGGACGGGUGCGACGAAGGAUUUACCACCAACUCCAACUUGAAGAAACACGUUUCGCGGAUCCACAGACAAGAGACUAAACAGUACAUUUGCGCGUUUGAAGGAUGUGGCAAAGCGUUCAAGAAAAAUAACCAGCUGAAAAGCCACGAGUGUACACACACCCAGCUGCUACCGUUCCUGUGUUUACAUGAAGGCUGUGGGAGACGGUUUUCACAACUCGGUAAACUGAAGCGUCAUGAGAAGGUGCACAAAGGCUAUUCUUGCGCUGAGGAGGGCUGUUCAUUUGUGGCAAAGAACUGGACGGAGAUGACGAACCACAAAAAAGUUCAUAUUGUCAGGGUACAGUGUGAUCAGUGUCAGAAAACGUUCAGGGACAGCUGGUUCCUUAAGCAACAUCAGCGUGUUCACUCUGAAAAGCGCGUCGUGUUCCACUGCCCCAGAGAUGGAUGUAGCCGCUCAUACACCACUGCCUUCAACCUGCAGAGCCACAUCCUGUCUUUUCACGAAGAGCAGCGCUCCUUCAUCUGCACUCACCCUGGCUGUGGGAAGUCUUUUUCCAUGAAGCAAAGUUUACUGCGCCAUGGUGUCGUUCAUGAUCCUGAAAAGAAACAGAUGAAAGCCCGCCCAAAACGCUCCCUGGCAUCCCGUCUGAGUGGCCACAAACCAAAAAACAAACGUCAAUCAAAGGCGCAUUCAGUUCUUUGACCGAAGCCAGCUGAAGGACACACAUAGCAGCACGACCUCCACGAACCACGGAAGGUUUUGAAAUAAAGCCAACAGGCACCGAUAUCCUCUCCACCAUUUGUGUCAAGACUUUGUCCUGUUUAGAAGAAAAUAUGAAACUUCUGAAAUCUGUUUGGUAGCAGUGGAUUUGUACCUGUGCCCAUUUUCAAAGCGGCACUGCUCUCACUGCUUUCUCUAAUUAAUAAUAAAUGUUAUUGUGUUGGUUGUACAUUUUUAAACAUGCAAUGAAUGUGUAAAAAUGAACUGUAAACUUUGUAAUCACUCUUAAUAUUUCCAGUGUAUAAGGAUCAGUGGCACCCAACUUUAAGCAAUGUUUCAGGGACAACAUAGAU